GUUAUGACGUCACAACGCAUGAAAAAUCAACAGUCUCAAAAAGGACAGAGACACCUACGCUGCUGAGUGUGUCCUCCACGACGUUAACAGGUUGGCAGGCUUCAAAUCCAACGCUUUUAGGUCGCUUAGUGGCAGUAUUUUCUUGUCUAGAAACAACUGCUCAGCGACCUAGAUCUAUCCGUCAUUAUGAGUGAAAACAAGGGAGUCACCGUGCCUGUUGUGAUUGAACCAGGCGACAGCCUGGUGAGCACUGUCGUGGAGGAUGUCUCGCAUCAUUUGGUUACAUCUUCAGGGGGGAACGGCGACGAAGGUCCGACGCUAGGGUCGGAAGCUCCAGUUGUUAUUAUAGCCCCUUCUUUAAGAGUAGAGAAGUUAAAAGGCAGUGGUCACGAUUCUAGCUUUUGUGUUAGCGAAGAAGAAGUCGGUGGGCAUCAUGAUUAUUCCGAUGAAGGUGAUGGUGAUCACUCUGGCAACAACAGCAGCAUUCCUGAUUUGGCAUUAGACUGUGAUGCUUUGAUUGAUACACCGGAUGAAGAAUUACAGCAGAAAAUAAUAUCUCUUGUUGAAUAUUAUUUUUCAGAUGAAAGUAUUCUUAAAGAUGCCUUUCUUCUCAAACAUGUAAGAAGGAAUCGAUUUGGCUUUGUAAGUAUCAAGUUGAUUACUUCUUUUAAAAAAAUGAAAACUCUUACAAAAGAUUACAGAGUAGUAGCUUACAGUUUAAAAGCAUCUGAAAAACUAGAACUUAAUGAAGAAUGUACUAAAGUGAGAAGAAAAGAUCCAUUGCCAGAUUAUGAUGAAACUGUACCAUCUAGAACUGUAGUUGCUCUUAAUUUACCACUAGAUAACCCAACCAUGGAAAAUAUGGCUGAAAUCUUUUCCAAGUGUGGAUGUGUGAACAAUUUUCGAAUUUUAAGACCUGGUUGCUCAAUUCCAUCAGACCUGCAUAAAUUUGCAUGUAAGCAUCCUGAGUUAGGAUCAACCAUGUGUGCUGUUGUUGCAUUUGAGAACUAUGAGCAAGCUAAGAAAGCAUGUGAAAUUCUAACUAACAAUGAUGACUGGAGAAAGGGAAUGCGUGUAGUUCCUCUCAUGGUUCCUAAGAAAAAAGAAGAUAAAGAUAAAAAAGAGAAGAAAGAGAAGAAAAAGAAUGACAAAGACGAGGAAAAUUCUCCUGAGGAGCAUUGUGCGGAUGAUAAAAAAAGACGUAGAAGAGGCGGGCGCAAAAAGAAGACACGGGUUGAUGAAUUGACUCAUGAUUCAUCAUGCUACAGCAGCGGAUCAGAAGGUGACUCUCCAUCAAAACCAUAUAACACUGUAACUAAUAAAUACAGAAGUGGUGAUCAUCUAAGCCCAAAUAUGACACCUCAAAGAGGUGGUCGCACAAGUCCAGCAGGGAGUCCACAUAACAAGCGCAGAGGAUACGGGAAAUCUCCUCUUAUUGAUGCCAAUACAAGUGUUAGUCCUAGGAGUAGUCCUGAAACAGUGCGCCGGGGUAUUGAUUCAUCUGGUGGAGAUAGCACUCCGUCAAGCCCAUGGGUUCAAAGGCGCCUGAGGGUUGCCCAGGAAAAAAUUUCUGGUGGGAGUCCACUGGGAAGCCCUCUUUUAGGAAGACGCAACCCUGAUGGGACAUUUGUUCAUGGUUCCAUCCCACGCAUGUUAGAUAUGACAAACGUUUUGCGUCAGCCUAAAGGCCCCGAUGACACCAAAGGAUUUUACGGAGGUAUUGGCAGAGGGAAACCUCGUAGCAGCACCAUUGCUUAAAAGCUUUCAAGAAAGAACAUUUUAUAAAUCAAAAAUGUUUAUAGAGCCUAAAGAAAUGCUGUCUUUGAUCUUGUCUAACUGAUGAAAAUGUUGUUUUUUUAAUUUCUUCAUCGUGAGUGGGAAUUGCAAUCUGUAAGUCGAAAUAAUCAGAUUUGUAAAUGUCUUCUUAUUUGUUAGCAUGGUUUUUAUGUGUGAUUAAUUUUAGUAAAGAUAAGUUUAAAUAUUGAUGACUCAAAAAGAAUAGCAUCAUAUUAAUGUUUUUUUUUCUUUGGUUUGUCAAUGAAUGGUUUAAAAUUAAACUUUGAUUUGUAGAGGCAUUGUUUGGAUUUAAGUUCUAAUUUAUUUUGUUCAAAGUUGAAAGUAAUAUUAUAAAUGUAGGAAAUCCCUUAGCUGUGGAUAUUAAACAUAUAAGUUGUGUAUUAAAAUUUGGUAGUUCUUAAAUUUGUUUGUAAUCAUUCCUUUUUAAUUUUUUUUUUAAAAGUCAUUUUAUAUUGUUUUAAUUGCCUGUUUUUGUUGUACUAUUACCAAUUAAAAAGUCUUUUAUCUUUUAAAAAGGAAAUUAAGUUUAACCAUAAUUUUUGUUUUAUUAUUAAUUAGCUUCUAAGGUUUGAAAAAAAAAAAUUUAAGUGAAACUUUCAACUUUGUAUACUAGCUGAUGUUGGUUUUGAAUAGAGAAUACCGGUAGUGAUAAUUUAUCUAUAAAAUGAAAUGGGGAAAAAAUAUUUAAUCCUGUUCUGAUCAGUUACAAAAAGACUUCUUUUAAUAAGAUGGUAAUUCGUCUUGAGUUUUUAAGAGAUAAAAAAAAAUUGGUGUAGAACAUUAAGCAUAGUAUUUAGGUAAUUGAGCAAUUUAAAAGAAUUUUUUGCUUCUUAUUUUAUGUUUUUUGUUGUUGUUGGUUUUUUUUUAAGGUUAAAGGUUUUAUUUAAAUGUUCUUUUUUGUUUUGGGAUUAAGGUAUUAGUAUUUUUGUUUCUACGUUAUACUUGUUACCGGUACCUGAAUUGUGACAAGCCUAAAGUAGUAUCAGUACAUAUUUAUGUGACAAGAGUUCAUUAUAGAAUCAAUUGCUAGAGUCGAAGUGGAUAGGCUAUAACUAAUCAACAUUUUUGUUGAGCUUAUAAAAUACAAGUACUUUAAAAUUAUUUUCCAUGUAUUACUGAAAUGAAAUAGGUUAAACUUGUUAAAAGAAUUUUUUAAAAUUUCAUUUUGUCAAUACCGGUAUGGUACUCCAAUCUGUAAAUGAUAAUCUCUCUAUAUAUAUCUUAAAUCUUGUCUCUUUUGUCAUUUGUUGUGUAAAUUGGAUUUCUCGACUUUAUCCAGUUAAGUGCUUUUU